AGCCUGUGUGCUGCUAGCUGCUAAACUCAGUGCCUGUUUAAAUCUGUAUUUCUCUCUGUUUACCUCCCGCUAGUGCACAAGGUGACCUGCCCGGUCGGUGUGCCUCCCCCCACCGGAACAAUGGUGGUUCUGUCAAACAGCAACGAAGACCAGGACUACAUCCUGAUAGAGGAGCGUAAAUGCUCCUCCCUGCCAAACUCUCCAGCCAAGAGAGUGUCUCCCAACAAAAAGAAGAAUUUUUUUAUCAACCAAGCCAUCCGCAACUCGGACCUCACUCCUCGAGCCAAAGGGAGGAAGAGCCUCCGCCGCCUGGAGAACACACGCUUUCUUGCAAAUCUUCUCGAGAAGGAGGAUUGCUCCACAGAUGAUCUGGAGGUUUGCAGUAACCCGGCCAUCCCCUCCAUCUUCACCGAGGCCUGCACCAACAAAAACUACGUAGAGCCAUGGAGCGACUUCAUGAAUUGCUCCGGUGAAGAGCAGGAGAAGCUGCUGUCUCUCCUCGAGCAGGAGGAAGCCAAGAAGAAAAACCCCAACCCGCUCCUCAAAGACCAGAGGAAUGUGAAUCCUGCCUUCACUGCUCAGGACAACUUCCAGAGGAUCGACCGCAGGCUGCGAGCCACUCUGAAGCGGAAACAGAUCCCACUGGGAAUUCUUGAAGUACUUGAGGAAAAUCUCCUGAGCUUCUUCAACACUCAAGCUAGCUCAGUUUACACAACCAAGCUCGCCAGCAGCUUUGAGAGGCUGCUGCUUCACGCUGUCUGCCAGUACAUGGACCUCGUCUCUGCAAGCACCGACGACAACGGGUCGCGUCAGACUGAAGUGGUGAACAAACAAGACGAGUUUCUUCCUCCCGCACUUCUGCUGUCGGCCUACCUGGAGCAGAUGAGCUGAGGCCAGGGCCGCGCCCGAGCUCCCCUGCAUGGCUCCGCUGCAGGCGGGAGAGGUAGAUGAGAUGCACAAUGUGUAAAGUCCACAAACAGAGCUGAACGAUACCUGCUUCCUUCUGGAUGCUCUGGUAAUUUCUUUCAAUUAAUUUGAUUGACAAACCGAUCCAUAUUUCAUUGACACCUGCAUAUAUUUAUAAAUAUAUCCUAGGACUAUAUCCAUAGACUGUGUAUAAACAUGGACGCUGCUUCUCCACAUUCUCGAACAAUCCAGAAAUGAAGAAAAAAGUAUUGGAAGUCAUUUAAGUCGGUGCAUUAGUGAUCUGAAGCAGCGAGGUCCCGUGGAUUCGACCAAUCACCAAUCAGUCUCAACUGUCAAUCAUGAGGUUCACUCAUUAAAACAACUUUUAAAUAUAAUGUGAUAAGAACGAACUAAAAACCAAACAUCUUUAACAAAAUGUAUUUGACGUUUACUUUUUAGUCUGGUCUGUCCCAUCUGCUAACAUGGGUGAGGCGGUUGUUGAUAAGGUGGUGAGCAGCCAUGUCGUCCAUAUUUAUAUACAGUCUAUGAUCCUGAUAGUAAAAGUUUUGUUUUCUGGUGUAAUUCAUUGCACCAUGAAUUUAUUUUCUUUAAGAACAAAUGAACUACUGGUCUCACAAAACACAAGAAGGCAAACAAAAUGUAGGAAAACAUGCCUGCGUGCAUAAAUACCAAAACAAAGAUGAGACAGAAAGGAAAAAGUCUGUGACUCUGGCAAAGAAUAAAACUACAGGGUCACGUUUUCAGAGCGUAAGUGAGCCUCUUCUCUCAGUUACAGUUAUUUCUGUUUACAUGGCACGGUGCUACGAUUCACCGUGUUGAUCCUCAUAUCAGUCUGAUACAACUUGAGACAAAGUGGGACUCUCGUCAAAGCCCUGCCUUCACAAGAAGAGUGUCAAUUACUUAAUUUUCCAUCAAUUUAAGCUAAGUUCAUAGAACAUAUCAUGUUAUGUGAAUAUAAAUAGCAACUGCACACAAGGUAAACGUUACUGUUUCGAUAGGUUCCAUUGGUUAGAACUGUCUUGUGAGCUCAUAUUUAAUAUUUAUUGCAAUUGUGAACAAUUUCUUAAUAGCAAAUAACGACUUAAAAACAAAUUAAUUGAAGGUUUACUCAGAACCCAUUUCCAUGGCUGUUGGACGCUGCAGGGCCAGUGAUGUCUGACCCUGUGUAAAGGUGCUCAAGGAGGAAGUGCUCUGUGGCAUCACUGGAUUAGCCUGUCGGAUUUGUGUAAGUAGUGAAGUAUGAAGCAUGAAUAUUUAUCUUCUCUUUAUGCACAGAGUCGUCACUCAUCAUCGUAGGUAUAUAAAUGUCUGUCAUCAAGAGUGUAAAAUAACAGACUCUCAUAACUUGGUAUUUAAACUGAUUCGUUUUCAUAAUCAUCUCUGUUUGCUCUCUGUGUACGAUUUCUUCGGGAUGUGCUUUUGGGGGAUUUUUUUUCUUUUCUAUUUAUCUUUCUCUGAUAGCUUUGUCUCCCAUGGUCCACACCGCUAUGUUUUACGGUUACCAUCUGAGGGGUAUGCUCACUUUUCUUUCAACCAAAGGGUCAAUAUUGAAACAGCCAAGCACAGCAUGCAUAAUAACUGUAACAUAAAACAAAAUUUCUUUUAGUUUUUUCCCUAGUUAAGAUGAAAUUAGUGAAGAUAAGAAACUAUACUUUUAGAUUCACUGAUGGAUUUUUACAACACGCACAACAUUAACUCAGUGUACACCUAAUCACACAACUUCCCUCUUAUAUGAGCUGAUAAUGGAGUUUGAGCUUAAACUGUGUGUACCUACUUUAGUAGGUAUGUUCCAAUGAUAUGAAUUCGACUGAAAUAACUAGAUUUAAGAUGUUUUGAUGGCAAAGACCUGCAGAGUUUUGAAUCUCCUAUACGAGUCAAUUCUGUCUGAACAGUUACGACACCAGAGAAGCACUUCUGCCUUAAGUACACAUGUUUCCAUCUGUGUAUAUAGAUAUUUAUACAUUUAUACUUGACUGGAUGUAGGAAAGAGGUAUCCGGGUUAUUUAAAUAAUAAUGAUCCCAGAUUACUUUUCAUGCUGCUGCCGGCAGUGUAAAAAAACUUGACUUAUUGGUGCAUUUUGUCAACAACCAAAGUUUGUGUGUUUGUUCUCAACUUCUCAGGCUUUGAAUGUCUCACUCUGAAUGUCAUGUAGUGUCAUUUUUCUGUGUACUGUAAAAUCGUCAAAAUGAACUUAUCUAGAUCGUGUUCACCCCAGAACCCCGGGGUGCUGCCAACUUUUUAAAUACUUGUAGACGUAGUACUGCUAUAAAUAAUGAACUCACGUAAUUGACUUGUGCCAACAUAAAAAAAACAAAAGCUUUCUACACUCAACUGUAACUUCCGUGUGUAUAUACUGAUGUGUGCAUCCCUAUUUAUAGGUUUCACUGCUUCUAUUAAAGGAUUCAAGAUCUUCUUCUCUCUCA